GCACCAGGAUUUGUAAAAGAUUUUUGGCUUUGCUUAUUUCUGACGAACAGUAACGGUUCUUAUAAAAUGCAUGAAAAAGGGAAAGCUGAGUUAAUAACUUUAAACUCAAAAGCUCAGGAAUGAGUACAGGAAGAUCUGUAAUAACUGGUUGGUGAGGUGAGAGAGGGAUUCUUUCCCUUUGAUUCUUUUUCACAGUCUGAGGAAUGAUGCCCGCAGGAGCAUGUGCACCAAGCGAGCGCUUGUUUGGACUUUGCUGGUACUCUCUGUCUUUAAUAUGGGACUCGGGUUGUCCAGCAUCACUCUGGGCAUGCUGGGGAUCAGACAAGUCCUGUGGGCGCAGAAGAGCCAAACCUCCUACUCUACACCGAUAUGGAGUGGCGUGUGUUUUCUUGUCUGUGGACUUUGUGGGAUACUGUGUGCCAAGAAGAGGACUGGACUGACUAUGAUCCUAUUUUCAGCCUGUUGCAUAUGUGGACUUAUUGGGGGAAUUCUCAAUGUGCAGUUUGUGCGGGCGAUGGUGAAAAAAGUGGACAGCCUGUACUAUCUGCACCUGGCCUUCCUCUGCCUGGCCUGUCUGGGCAUCUUUGGCUGCACCCUCUCCACCUGGCUCACCUGCAGACUUGCCAGCUGUGAGCAGAAAAGAUUGUUUCUGGAAAGGGAUUUGUCCCUGCAUCAUUCUGUGGAGAUGACCGAGAAGGAUGUUCGAGAGAAGUGUAGCCCUCCUGAUACCUCACACAACAGGAGCAUCUCACUACCAUAAAGCUCCCAAUCUUCAGAUCUGUGUUCUGGUCUCAUAAGAUUGACUCAUUAUAAACAUUUUUUAAAUGAAGGAUCAGAUACUCAGUAGGUGCUUCUCAAUCGGAAGGCUGUAGCCUUGUUAGGCUGGAUAUCUCGGCUGCAACAUCAUCAAGCACCACUGAAGGCCGUCUCAAUUGUGAGGACACUUGGAAGGCAGCCUCGUUUCGCAGCCUUCGUUUGGGGGGAGUAGGGGGAGUUCGGGCCCCCCUGCUUCCGCGGGCCCCACGAGAUUAAGCCCAGGUAAGCCUGUGCAUUACUGCGGCCCUGGCAAUGCACACUUACUAGACUGUCUCAUUCUAGCACUGAAUGCUGAGGAGUCUAGCCUAUAGCCUCAGAAGGACUGGUCAAGGAAGGACACAGCCUAACUAGGCUGCAGCCUUCCGUUUGAGAAACACCCUGUGAAGUGACAUCUGAAUGCCAGCGGACAAGUGAUGGAAACCGUGAAUGGCUGCUAAUAUUCUUCUGAGCUCACAAAACAACAGCGACAUCUGCUGGUGAAAUGUGUCAGCAUGCUCACUGGAGUGGAGCAUGGAGUGCCUAUCAGCAGAAUACAAUCAGGGAAUCCUGUACACGUGUAUAUAUCAACAGACAUUUAUUUAAUGUUUCAAAAUGUAUUGUUAAACAUUAAACGGUCCUAAGGUCCAGCCCCAGGCAAUUAGGAAGAUCACCAAAAAAAUGGACCUGUUAUAUUGUGUUUGUAUGUUUAGCUUCAAUAAGUUGUAAUAGAGACUCAUACUAGAUCAA